AUGGCCAAGUGUACAAAUAUCCUCGCUGUCCCAGUCACCACAAGUACAGGAUCUGCACUGCGCCUCUACCCUGCGAGCAAUAAUUGUGCUUCGACAGUUGGCUUCUGUGGAUCCGUCUUGGGCUUUGAGGAAUAUAUACCGUCACUCCCUGAGUCCUCUUAG